CGGGGCUGUUUCUCCUCCCCAGCGCGGGACCGGCCGGGAGGGCGGUGGCGUCACGUGAGCGGCGGCGGGAGUCACGCGGGGCGGGCGCGAUGGCGGCUCCCGCGGACGGCGCCGACCUGGAGGCCUCGCUGCUGAGCUUCGAGAAGCUGGACCGCGCCUCCCCGGACCUGUGGCCUGAGCAACUGCCCGGGGUUGCCGAGUUCGCCGCCUCCUUCAAAAGCCCCAUUACAAGUUCUCCUCCCAAGUGGAUGGCUGAAUUAGAAAACGAUGAUAUUGAUAUGUUGAAGGAGUUGGGGAGCCUCACUACAGCUAAUCUGAUGGAAAAAGUUCGUGGCCUGCAGAACUUGGCUUAUCAGCUGGGACUAGAUGAAUCAGGAAAGAAGACAUUGGUAAACUGGAGUGCGUUCAAUGGAGGGCCAUCAAGAUAAUCAGGAGCUGGGGCGCUUGUCCAGUGAACAGAAGCCAAGGGAAUGGGGCCCGUUCAGCAUGGAGAAGAGGUGACCCCACAGGGACCUGAUAACUGCCUGCUAGAACCUGCAAGGAGGUUAUUUGGUGGGAGGACAAGAAACAACAGUCAUAAAUUAAAGCAAGGUUUCUGACUUGAUUCAAGAGAAAACUUUUUCAGUGUGGAGCAGUCAAGUAUUGGAAGGAUUGCCAAGAGAGGUUGUGCAGUCUCUGUCCAUGGAUGUUUUUAUGACUUGACUAGGUAAAGCCUUGAGCAACCUGUCUGUUUUGAACAGAAGGUUAACUGGAGACUUGCCAAGGUUCUAUCAAAUCUGAGCCAUUGUCUGUAUCUGUAUAAUUUUCCUCAUAUGACACUGUACUGUAUACCUUUUCAUUUGAUCUGUUCUUGUCUGGUAGAUCAAAUUUUCUUCACUAAUCACUUUUUUCUUAUAUCUUCCACUUAUUUAUACUUCUACUCUGCUAUGCCUUUCUACCUCUAAAUGCAUCUGAUAAUCCCAUUGUCACUGGAUCAUGGAGUCGUCAGAGUUCUCCUGACUUCCAAGGUUUUGGAAGUUUUUUUGCAGUGCCCCUCAACCCUCAGAGCAGUCUCUCCAGUCACCAAAUCUAUGGAGACUCCUCGUGGCCAUCACCACCUUCUGCUUUACUUUCUAAACUGUCUUGUAGAUGGUUUGCCAUCUGCUUUCGCUGCAGUGCCUCUGUUCCUUGUUUCUAGUAAUGGAUGAAGAACACUCCUCUGCUCAUUAGAAGAUAGCAGUGUCACUGUAUUCAGCUUUCACAAGAGAAGUAAUAGCAGACAUGGACUCAGACCAGUGGUGUGCAUGGACUGUGAAUAAACAUGAAGAGAUUUUUGGAAGCAAGAGUACCACAGCUUACUGGACUACUCUCAGUAGACUGUCUGGAGCAAAAAAUAAUGUUGUUUUGUUUGUUUUGGCUUUAUUUCUGGGUUCCAAAAAACUGGAGUUUCUUCUGGUCUCUACUCUCAGGACAUAUCUGCAGACUCCAAUACCUUCAUAUUUCUUGUAUUUUUAAGCUUUUCUUCAAAAGCCAUUGAUACUAGAAGUGUGAGGGUGUUUAUGAAAAAUGUUCCCACAUUUCCUUGUGGGUCUAGGAGGGUGUAUUUUUGGGUGCAUCUUUUACAUCUGCUUUUACAGCUGAGGCUUACCUUGCUUCCUUUAAGCUCAUUAACACCUAAAUUGUAAUAACUAGCAGAACGUACAUUGUUUGUUUUAAUACCCAUUCCGAACAGACUUGAGUGGUAUUACAAUUUUGUUAUCAGGUAGAUCAGAUUAACAUUAGUCAUUAGGUAUAGUUUCUCCGAGUAACAACAAUUUUUCUCUAUUCAUUCAAACUUGACUCUAGUAGCAUUUGGAAAAACUGUAACAUUUCUAUAUCAGUGCAUUUCCUCAGAUGUCUUGUGAACAACUUGGAGUUGGUAAAGAUGGUUCUGAAUUCCCUUAACCCUCUUCUGGUCUCUCAAAUACUCCUCAGCUCAGAGGAUUGCUCAGAAAGAGGAGGUGGGCAGAGUGCAUGAAACAGAUCAGCAGUAUAACUUAAAAUGCUGGAGUUAAAGCAAGCAGUGAAUACACUGGGAAAGAUGAGGAAAGGAAUAAGGGUAGUCAUUAAGUAAAGCACCUUUGAUUCAUGUGAAAGGAAGAAUAAAAUGGUGAAGGCAGUUGAGAAGGUUUGUCUUCUGCAGCCCACGAACUGCAUAAUUGGUGCUUUUCUGUAAUUCGUUUUUUAACUGAGGUUGAGACUUUGACCUUGGAACACUGAGAUUUCAAUAAUUUUCUUAUUUUGGCCAUACAAACUUUUUACUUGGAUUUUUGUAAAUCAUGGAAGUUCUCUGUGUAAUUUAAUGUGUUGUAUCGUACUAAUGGCAAAAGGAAUCUUGGUUUAAAUCAUGUGUAAGUCAAAUAAUAUUUUUCAGUCAAAACCCAUGAAUCUUCUUUUCAUAGAGACAACCCUGAAUCUUCCUUUCAUAGAGACCUUCAAUAUUGAUAAUUCAUUGUUUUGUUAAGGGCUGCUGUCAUCUAAAUGGAAAAAUGUUUCAAUAAGGAAUCUUGGGAUUAGAAAACAUUUUAAAGAUUUAGUCUACUUUUUAAAAUAAAGAUAUACUUCUGGACAAAUAAAUAGACUACCAUAUUACGACCUUCUUUCAUCUAGGUGUCUCUUCACAUGAAGUUUGUUGACAGAUGUUAAAUUUAAAAAUGCAGUUCUUUUUCACAGCUCAGGCCAUUAGCUAACUUACUGACAGGGGCCUGUUUCUGCAUUUUGGAGGUCAAGGCAGCUGUACUGUUCUUGAUCCAGAGCUGCAAACCUCCCCAUAAACAUGCCUUGAUGUCUUCUGAUUGGAUUUGUGUGCCCUGGCUUGCAUAACCAUACAGCUUGUAUCCCAGUGUUAUUAGCCAAAAGGAAUAUAGGGACUUACAUAAUCAUUACACGAUUAUUUUUCAGUAACUGUACUGUAAAUAUGUAAUUCUCUCCACUCCUAAUAACUCUUAAUCCCUUUGUUUCUAUUGGCUCCUGGGCUCAGAUUUGGCCAUGGCCUCCAUGCCCUGGCCACUGAUAAAACUUGAAAAAAAUUGUUACUUUCACAGUUCUCCUGCUUUGUUCCCAGCCACUAAAUACCUGCUCCCCAGCGUAGGCAGGGGCACUGCAUCCUGGUGCACUGUGCUGUGGGAGCAUGGGCAGCACUUGUGCCCGUAUGUCUUCUGGGAAGGGUCCAUUCACCUCCAGAAACUUUCAUACAUGGCUGUGUGCGUAUAUUUAACGCAGACCUCUCUGCUGAGCCUCUUCCUGUGUUUUAUGCCCGAGAGUUCUUGAGCAAGCAGUUUUGAUCUUAUUUUUUUCCACGUUGCUCCAUAAAGAAGAUUCUUCUUUUAGAUACUAUUGUGAGAAAGCCUAAAUUAUCAAGAACUCUUGAUCUGCUGCAGGUGUUGGAAGCCAGGAAGAGAUUAUUUUCCUUUUGGUACAAGCAGGUAGAAAAAGGCCCUUUAGAGUGCUUCUUGUAAAAACAUGCCCCAUUUCUAUCCUGCUGUUUCCCUCCAACAUCUGUGGGAUUUGGUGGUCAGAACUCUCCUAAGCUGUAGCUGUUCCAGUGAUAACUUAUGCUAGUAAAGUAUCUUUCAGGUAUAUUUGAAAAUAUCCUCAACUGUGAUAUAAAAUCACCUUUCUUACUGCUUUUGAUAUCAGAAGUAUUAACUCUAUCUUUUUUUUUUCGGCCUUACAAAAUACUUGAACAUCAUUUUUUGGUGUUUAAUUAGCUUCAUGAGUCAGUGCCUGGUCUUAGGUCUUGACAUUUUUGGCGUGUGAAAUUUUCUUGUGUAUUUGACCUUGGCUUUACUCCAGAAUAAAUAUUUUUAGCUGCUAGUUGUGUGUAGUUUUUUUGUCUUUGGUCUGAGACUAGGGGGCAGACAUAAGGAGCACUGAGAGAAGUGAACUGUAUAAACCACAAUUAGAAUUGCAGUGCACAGGUGUCUGUAGAUCUUACACAAUUGCCAACCUAUUUGUUUCUCAAAUGAGAGGGGCUUUGGGAGUGUGUUUUGGAAAAUAAAGGGAGCAGAAGGCCUUCAGUUUGUAUGCUAGGAUUGUGGGUUUGGUUGUUUUGGGGUUUUUGUGUGGGGUUUUUUUUUUGUUUUUUUGUUUUUUUUUUUUUUCCAAAUCCUGCUUUAAAUUCUUCCAGACUUGAUACAUUUGAUAUCUUUACAGAACCAGCAUAUUGAAUGGUUGGAAGUGAUCUGCUGUAGCUGGGAAUGUAAUUUAUAACUGCCUUCAGAUAGGAAUCAGCAUUUAAGAAUAAAAAUUUCUUGCAUGAUAGCAUGUAUUUGAGCAUCAAAUUAGGUCUUCAGGUUUAAAAAUCUGAAUGCCAGCAUUGAAAGUAAGAUGACUUGUAAUGAUAUUAAAAGAUAAUGACUUUAGCAUCAAGGUUAUGGGUGAGUUCUGCUAUAGGUACUUGAUCUUUUUGGGAAGGGAGACAUCUUAAAUCUCUAUACUAGUCAUACACAGAGUAUUAUUGCAAUGAAAAAAUAGUGAAGUGAAUAAACAGCAGCUCACAGUACAGGACACUUGAUGUAUCUAGAGUCCCAGUGUUCACUGUAUUUUGCAAUUUAAUACACAAUAAUUUUGUAGUUCUGCAUUUCUGUAUGCUCCACUGUGUCAGAUCUGUAUUCUUGGGAUGUGAGGUUCCAUUAAAAAAUAAAUAAUAAUCGCAGCCCCCGCUCCCCCCAUGUACACUCAUUUUCUAUAAUAUGGUAAUGAUAUCACCGUAGCAGUAAUUACGGGUCAUCUUCAUUUCUUUCAUCUCUGCUGGUUCUGAUGGCUUCAUUCCUUUGACGGAGAAGAUUUGGCUCUGGGUGCUGUGAUUAUUUUGUUAAGCAUUAUUCGAAUAGACAGGAGUGAGAGAAAUUAAUCAAUCCAAAUGCAAUUAGCAUCAUGUUUAACCCAGUGAUGGACGUCUCAAGGUGAAACAGCCAGGGGAGUUUCAGAUAUUAUUAUUCAAUCCAGUGGCUCUUAUCUAAAUUAUAAUCAAGAGAGGUUUUUAUUGGCUUUGUGGAGAGAAGAUGUAACUCAUUCCCUGCUUUGGGGGUCAAAGGGAUCAGGUCUUUGGCCCCGUAGGAUGUUGACUGUAAGCAGCUCCUAGAAUUCGGAGCUUCCUAUAAUACGGAGGGUCACUCAGAACAAAAUACCUGCACGUCCUAAUACCCAUGGCCUGGAACAUAAGUU